AUGGAGAAGUACAAGCAAAUCCUGGCCAAACUAAAGUGGCACAAAAACCGGAGCUGCGAAAGGUACCAGUUUGGGAUGUUCGAAAUUGACAAACGGGAAGUGUUCAUAACGACGGAGCACUCUUAUGGAUUUGUUAAUAACAAGCCACUCCUACCUGGCCAUAUCCUACUAACGACAUUAAAAAAGAAAGAAAAAUAUAACGAUCUAGAUAUAGACGAAGUUAUAGACAUUAAUUUGUUGUCAAAUUUUAUGUGCCAUGUUAUGGGUUCCCUACACAACACAACCAACUUCUCGAUAGCCAUACAGGAUGGGAAGGAUGCAGGGCAAACGGUAGAGCAGGUGCAUAUUCACAUAAUUCCCAGAAAAGGUUCCGACUACCAGAAUAAUGAUAACAUAUAUAAAGACAUGAAUAAAUUAAAUUGGGGAUACGGACGAGAUGUUGUGUGUUCCGCUUGCAAACAUUUGGUGAAGGUCCCAUCGAAGGGCCCAGUUGAGGAGAGUUUCAAGUUGGAAGAAUUCAACACCGCCCUGAGGUCCAUCGACGAAAUGGAAGUAGAAGCAAACACGAUAAAGUCUUACAUCGAAAGCAAUUUUGCCUCACCCUGA